UAAAUAGUAUAUGAAUUUGAUUAUUACAUACCAGUGCUGAUUACAAUGUUUUUAUGAUCAAAAUUUACUAAUUAACAAAAUGCCCAAAAAAUUUAACAAAUGUUGUGUCAUAUGUGGUGACAAAGCAAGUGGUUAUAAUUUUAAAGCCAUUACUUGUGAGUCUUGUAAAGCAUUCUUCCGGCGAAAUGGAGACAAAUCUAAGAAUUAUCUUCAGCAAUUUAAAUGCUUUUCCGGUGACAAUUGUAAGAUAGAUGUCUUAACCCGAAAGUUCUGUAAAAAAUGUCGACUAAAGAAAUGUUUUGAUAUCGGAAUGAAAAGUGAAUUGAUACAAACGGAAGAGCAAAAGGAGGUCCGGAGGAAUAAAAUUAGGGAAAGAAAAGAACAGAAACAACAAUCUGUUUGUGAAAAAUCGAGGAAAGAUAGUGUCAACUCAUCCGAUGAGUCCAUGUCUUGCAUUAUUAGUAGUGACAGUACUAGUGAUACAAAUAGCUCACCAAAAGUACAAGAGUUGUCACAAAGCGAAUCAAAUACUUGUGAAGAAAUAAGUGAUACUAAAGACGAGUUCACGACAUUUGCCGAAUUUAUGGCAUCAAAAAACACGACACAAAUAUCAAGUAAUGUCUAUCGCGAGGCCGUGGAGUUGGAGUUAAGUGUUAUACCGAUUCCCAGAGCUAUGAAUAGCGAAGAUUUUAAUGAAUUAGAAGCCAAACGGUUUGAUGAGUUGUUUGAUGCGCUUAAGAUUCUCAACCAUCCGGUGCCCAAAAGUACAGCCAUUGCAGAUGACAUUACGGAAGCGAUUCGGAUAAUGUGUUUUAAAUCAGAUUAUGAUAUCCGAAAAAUAGUGAAAAUGUCUAAAAGGUUGAGCGCUUUUCAAGCACUUUGCGAAAGCGAUAAAAUAUGUUUACUUAAAUACUCGGUUAUUGAGAUCUUCACACUUAGAAUACUCUUGGAUAUGGAUUUUGAUAAAUAUUACUGGAAUAUUGUGACCAAUAGCGAAGUCGGGACAUUGGUAUCAAUGGAUUUGUUAAUUAAGGGUAAACGCAAUUACAUUGAAAGUUAUGCCGAUUUUAUUCGCAAAUUUCUUCCUGAAUGGGAUUCCGAUAAAGUGGUUAUAGAUUUGUUGUCAGCAAUACUAUUGUUUGACGCCAGUAGACCGCUAUUGACACAUAGAGAGUCUAUUAAAGUUCAACAACAAGUUUAUAUGUAUUUACUUCAGCGAUAUCUUCGUAUGCGAUAUCCAUCCGAAUGUGACGCUAACAUCAAAUUCUUGCGUUUAUUAAAUAGUUUACAUGACUUACAUAUUGUCAAUGAAAAGAUCGCCAGUGCCUGGUCUGAGGGACCGGUAAAUACACCACUUCUUAAAGAAAUUGCUAACAGAACUCAAACACAAACUUCAUUUUUAUUAUAA